AGCUUGUCUAGUUCUUUCCAUUGACAUAAUAUAAAUAAUAUAUAUAUAUAAAUAUAUUACAUAGUUUUUCUUCUUUUCAAGAAUAUAUAAAAAUUUGAUGGAAAAAUCUUUAGAAAAAUUUUGAAGUUUAGUUUCAAAGAGUUGCGAUUUUGAAUAUGUCUGGAGAUUCUACUGCUGUGCGUCCUCUCUUCGGUGAUACUAUUUCCACUACUUUUCCCCUUCAUUUCCAGGAUGUCACUAAUAUGCGUCAAGUUCCUAAUCAUCAGGAGGUGUUUGUCGACCCUGCACGUGAUGAGAAUUUGAUCAUUGAGCUUCUGGAUCUGAAGGUGGAUGUAGUAGACAGUGGAAGUGCCAUCUGGUUUCUUCAAGACCUUGCCAAUGAACAAGAGGCUGAGGAAACUACAUCAGCAGUGUUUGAGGCCCCUGGAUUGUGCUAUAGAAACAUGCCUGUUGUCAUCACCACUACUAUUGAUCAAAUGGCAGUUUCUAAGGGAAGACAAGGGAGGGAAGCACAGAACUUGGUUAAGGUGUACCUGGCAAACAUUCGGCUUAAAGAAGUUGGGGCAGAUGUUCUGAUAACUGCAUAUGAGCCUUUAGUUAUUAACCCUUUGAGUGAGAGUGAUACCGCAGUCGGGGUAGGCAUGGCUGUACCUAGUGCACAGUCUGGAGUUAUGCCAAUGGCUGAAGUUUUUAAACUUGCAGUCUCUAGUUUCGAAGUGCACAACUGGAGUCUCUUUGGCUCUGGUGCUGCUGUUUGAGUUGCAGUUACAACUAUAUCUUUAAAAAGAAAGUAAAGACUUUUGAAAACUUGCGGUCUUGUACAAUUCAUGACUAUAAAAUGAUGUCAUUUAGGAUAAAAUGAAAAGUUUAGAGUUAAAUUACUUAUAUAUAUAGAAAUGUAUGGAUUUUUUAGAAUAAAGUAAAAAGGAAAGAAUGCCACGUAAAAUGGA